AUUCAGUUGAUAAAUGUUUAAUAACAUCUCAACGGAAAACAAAUUGCGCUGACAGGACAUGAUAAGUUGCAAUCAAUUGAAUAUUCUCCAUUUUUUUUCUAGUCGAGAUGGUUUUUAGGCUGAAUUAUCAAUAAUGUCAAGCUAUUUUUCAACUAGUUAGGAUUUCGAUUAGAAAUGAUUUUGAUCUAAUCAGAAAUUUAACUGGGAACGUAUUUGCUUGCUUUAAAUUUUUAUUAUUGGUAGACCAAAUCUUCAAUUAUUGGCCAAUGUAAGCAAUUGUUCAGUUAUUCUUGAUACAGUUAUUAUUCUAUUAUUCCUUAUUUUUGACGUUCUAUCUCAUCUUACUAUCUUUAUCUUUCCAUUUUUGAAAAUUAUUUUAAGAAUUACUUGAUGAUUCGGUAGUUAAUCUUCUAUUAUUAUUCUCUAUCCAAGUAGUUCUUCAUUUGUUGUUGGAACCUUAUGCUUAUUGUCCAUAUUAGUUUAGGGUAUUUUUGCUAGUCGAAUGAUUAGUCACCAUUUUUGCUAAAUUAUAAGUAGUUUAGACCAUAGUAGUUUAGUCCAUAUUAGUAGGAUAUUUCUGCUAGUCGAAUAAUUAGACACAAUUUUUGCUAAAUCAUAAGUAGUUUAGUCCAUAUUAGUAGGAUAUUUCUGCUAGUCGAAUAAUUAGUCACAAUUUUUGCUAAAUCAUAAGUAGUUUAGACAUGGAAAUGGACAGGUCGAUUGAGUUAGAUGAAGAAAAUCGAAAUUUUUCGGAUAGAUAUGAAGACAACUGUAAACCACAAGAAAGUCAGGCUAAGGGAGACAAGAAUUCCAACUUUCUUGGAAGCAGUUUGCAUCUUGAUAACGAAAAUGAUGUGUCUAAAAAUUCGGGUUUGAAGCAAAAUUUAGGAACAGAUGUUUCUAGUUUGAGUCCUUCUUUUGACGAAAACGCUUCAUCGGAAAUGGGUGAUGAUUUGGAGUGUGAGAAGGAAGGCUUGUUGGAAGAAGAAGAGAAAUUCCUUGAUAACUCGAAAGAAAUUGAUAUUUUGACUGAAGCUAGUAUUGAUCUCGAAAAUUAUUUACUGGAGGACAAUUUAAUGGAAGCAAAGAAUGAUAAUGUAGAUGUGAUGAAGAUGAGAGAUGUAGAGGGAGAUAAGAUGGAAGUAGUUGAGAAAGAAAGUGGUGGAAACCUGGAGAAUAUUGUGGGAAAAAAUAGAGGAGAAAAGAGAAAGGAGACAGCUACUAAUUUCAACAAUAAUAAGAGAAUGAAGGAGAAUGAAGUGGAGAGAGAUGCUCAAAAGGGAACACGUGAUAGUGCAGAUUCCCCUGUUUAUGAAGAUAAUAAAUUAGACGAGUCCAAUUUAGAUGAAAUUAUGGAGGUUGAAAGUUUGAAACAAAAUGAGGAUGAAGACUUUACAAAUAAGGAUGUAAAUAGAGAACAAUUUUCUGUUUAUAAGAAUAAAAAGGAAGUAGCACAAACUGAAAAGGUAGAGAUAGAAGAAGGGAUACUUGUUACAUUCUCUUGUGAUGUCGAAAAUGAAAUGUACUAUGAAGAGGAACCUCUUGUCGAUCUAGAUAAAGAACCAGCCAAUGUUUCUCAUUGUGUUUCAAAUGGAGAUGGAAUUGAAACAAAUCUCCCACACAAUACAAACAAUGUUAAUGCUCUGUCAGGUGAAAAUACAGAUGAAGAAUUACUACUAAAUGAUGUUAACAAUGAGGAUGAACUUAUUAUCUCACUCUACCAGAACCAAGAGAUCAAUGAGGCAGAGCUAUUGCUAGAAGGAGAAGAAAACUGUGUGGAAAUGCUUUCCUUGGAUAAAAACAAGGAGAGGGAAAAUGUGGCAAUUCCUACCAAGGAUGGAGGGGAGCUCAAUUUGUUUAAUCCUGUCAAAGAUUCAGGAAAACAGUUGAUUUCCCUAGUUGAAAUUGGUAACCCAGAAAAAGAUGAGCGAUCGAUUCCUGUCAAAGAUAUGAAGGAUGGAUGUAAGAGGUCUUCAGUACUUGAAAAACCUCAAAAUUCUCCCAUAAACGAGGACAUUGGUUAUGAGUAUGAUUCAAAACCAUUUACCGUUCAGACUAGUAGCUCACCAGCCUCUAGAUUCAGUUCCCAACGUUCCCCAACUACAGAAACAGUUGGUUUGCAACCAAGACUCUCUCUAGAUUUUGCAUCAUCUUUGAAACCUACCUCUCAUUCAACACCUGCCACCUCAAAACCAUACUCCCAUUCGACAUCAAUGUCCUCAAAACCAUACUCCCAUUCUACAUCGAUGUCCUCAAAACCAUACUCCCAUUCGACCCCCAUGUCAUCAAAACCAUACUCCCAUUCUACACCCACCACCUCAAAACCAUACUCCCAUUCUACACCGAUGUCCUCAAAACCAUACUCCCAUUCUACACCCACCACCUCAAAACCAUACUCCCAUUCGACACCAAUGUCAUCAAAACCAUACUCCCAUUCGACCCCCAUGUCAUCAAAACCAUAUUCCCUUUCGCAACCCACAUCCUACUGUACCCCUGCCAAAACCGUCCUACUAAACUGGAAACCGGCUGUCUUCAGACGCAGCAAACAGCUCUUGUCUGACACUGAUUCACCAAUAAUCGAAGAAGACAGCAAUGAUGAUGACGAUGAUGAUUUCGAUAUAUCGCUGAUGAAAUUGGAACAGAAAUUGGCGGAAAUCGAGAACGAACAGGAAACUCCAUCAAACUUCAGUAAGAAUUGUUCCAAGAUGGAGGCCUACCAUAAGACAAUUGUGGCGGAGCGGGAAGAAGACUGCCUGAAGCUGGAGGAAGUUAUGGCGGAGUUAUCCAGUCAGUUUUUGGAUUUCCAAAAAGGUCUGGAUCAAGAUUCUCAAGAUGUGUCACAAAUCAGCAACAUGGAUUCACAGAAACUUGCAACCAUCACCGAAGAGGGUGAAGAUGUUGCAAUGCAAGAUGGGUCGAUGGUCGAUGAGGAUGUGGAUUUUGCCAAUGAACAGAAUGAUACUGUGAUCGAGGUGAAGGUUGCAGAUAGUGCUAGUACUAAAGAAGAAGGAGAUACGUUGAGAUUGACCUGUUCUAGUAUGAAUGAAACUGUUGUAACAGAGGCUACGUUGCCGUCAGAUGAUUUCAAGUCUCAGACAACAUCAAACUAUGACAAUUCAGGAACAAAAGUAGAUCAAGUCAAGUUUGACACAUCAAACCUACUGACAGGAUGCAAAUCAAAAGUAGAUCAAGUCAAGUUAGAGACAACAUCAACCAUACUGCCAGGAUCCACAUCAAAAUUAGAUGAUGUCAAGUUAGACCUAGAUCUUGCAUCUGGGUCAACAUCUUAUUUGAUGUUAGAUACAUCAGAUUCAGAUGUUGUCUACCUAGGGACUGAAGUGUCAGGAAAAUCAUCAAAUUCAGAUGCUGUUAAGUUAGGAUCUACAUCAGGGAUAACAUCAGAUUCAGAUGUUGUCUACCUAGGGACUGUAGUGUCUAAAAAAUCAUUGGAUUCAGAUGUUGUUAAGUUAGCGUCUACAUCAGGGAUAACAUCAGAUUCAGAUGUUGUCAAGUUAGGGUUUACAUCAGGUUUGGAGUCAGUGAUAACAUCAGGUUCAGAUGAUGUCAAGUUAGGGUCCACAUCAGGUCUAGAGUCAGGGAUAACAUCAGAUUCAAAUUAUGUCAAGUUAGGGCUUACAUCAGGUUUGGAGUUAGUGAUAACAUCAGGUUCAAAUUCUGUCAAGUUAGGGUCCACAUCAGGUUUAGAGUCAGGAAUAACAUCAGAUUCAAAUUCUGUCAAGUUAGGGUUCACAUCAGGUCUAGAGUCAGGAAUAACAUCUUAUUCAGAUGGUGUUAAGUUAGGGUCCACAUCAGGUCUAGAGUCAGGGAAUGCAUCAGGUUCAGAUGCAGUUAAGUCAGGGUCAACAUCAGAGAUAACAUCAGAUUCAGAUGUUGUCAAGUUAGGGUCCACAUCAGGCUUAGUGUCAGGGACAAAAUCAGAUACAGAUAUGGAGUUAGAGACACCAUCAUACUCAGAAAUGGAGUUGGAGACAGCAUUAAGUGGUGUUGAGUUACAACCAGAAACAAGCGCAAAAAUCGAGGACACCGUUGAAUCCAAAGAGAUUGCAACAUCGGAUAAGCUUGAAACUGCAUCAGGUGCUACAUCAAAUGAGGUUACAACAUCAAAUGAGGUGACAGCAUCAAGUGCUACAUCAAAUGAGGCGACAACAUCAAGUGCUAUAUCAAAUGAGGUGACAACAUCAAGUGCAGAUCCAGUGCUUCAUUUAACAUCAAAUUAUGAUGUCGCGGUCAUCUCGUAUUCACCAAAACCAGUGGAAGUGAAAGAGAUUUCGGAUUAUGACAAGAGAAACCUGGAUUUUGUCAGUGAUGAUCCCCUCGAGAAUCAGGAUAACUUCGAUCCCAAGUGGGAAAUCUGGAAGAGUUUCACCAACGACCGAGAUAGGUACAGAGAAAUCGCAAAACGCUGGCGCAACUCAUCUAUACCGAAUUCGAACGAGAACCUGACUUUUCGCAUGUGCGACGCGCGCAUCAGGUUCAAGGCCCUCCAAAGUUCUAGUUCGGGUUUGUCCGGCAAGAAGAACAAAAAGUUGCGAAUACAAAUGAAGAAAAGAAAAUUUCAGGAGGCAUUCAAUGCACCACCUGACGAACCGCCGGCGAAACGGCAACGUUGCACGGUGGCCACACAAAUCUUUGACAAGGAGAUCAGCGCUCUGCUGCGCACACUGGAAGGCCGACGGUACAGCAUUCAGCAACGCCUCAAUCAGCAGCUGAAUCAUCUGGCAGAGAGACAGGAGCUGGAAACCUACUGA